UGCAAGCAUUUCUGCACUAAGUCGUGUACUUGCGCACCACAGAAUAAGAAUGAAGCAAAUUUACAGAGUUCCUUUCGAGAGAAACACAGAACGUGUAAAGCAACUGCGAUAUGACUAUGUGCAGAGAGUGAUGGAACUAGAAGCAGAUGCAAUGGGACAUGAGCUACUUUUUGUGGAUGAGGCCGGUUUUAACCUCAGUAAAACCAGGAGACGUGGCAGGAACAUUAUUGGACACCGUGUCAUCAUCAAUGUCCCAGGACAACGUGGUGGUAACAUAACCAUGUGUGCAGCUAUAAGCCAAAAUGGUGUUGUUCACCAUCAUGCAACCAUAGGCCCAUACAACACUGCACACAUUAUUGCAUUCCUGGACACCUUGCAUGACAUGCUCACUGUUCAGAGACCAGAGCAGACCCGAUAUGUCAUCAUAUGGGACAAUGUUAGUUUCCAUAGGGCUGCUUUGGUCCGCAACUGGUUUACAGACCACCCAUCCUUCAUGGCACUCAACCUCCCUCCAUACUCUCCAUUCUUAAAUCCCAUCGAGGAGUUCUUCUCUGCCUGGCGCUGGAAAGUGUACGACUGUCAUCCUCAUCAACAGGUAGCCCUUUUACAGGCAAUGGAGGCAUGUGGAGAUAUUGACCAGGCAUCAUGUCAGGCCUGGAUACGGCAUUCAAGGAGAUAUUUUCCCCGGUGCCUUGGACUGGAGGAUAUCGCAUGCGAUGUGGACGAAAUUUUGUGGCCGGACCCAGAAAGACGACAUGAUGUAGGCUGAUUGUCUUUUUUUCCCCUA